AUGGCGACGCCCCGCCGCGGGCGAGGGGGGAGAGGGCGGCGGCCGCGGGGCCGGACGGCGGUGGAUGCUGGGAAGCGGGGUCGUCCGGGCGGCGGGAGACGCGAGGGAGCGGAGGUCGGCGCGGCGCUGGCACGGGGAGGCGGCCGGGGAGCUCCGUUUCAUGGCACCUCCAGGGGUGGUCAGGGGUCCACACACGGCGUCUGGGGUGGACUGUCGCUGAGGAGGGCGCAGCAGACCAGACUGACUGAUGACUUCCACGUGCAGAUUCUCAAAUUCUACGGUUCCAAGAUUACCCUGAAACUGAUCUACAAGAAAUCCAGUGGCAAUGGCUCGAUCUCCCUCUUCCUGGGGAAGAGAAACUUUGUGGAUCACGUGGACAGGGUGGACAUUGUCGAUGGGGUACUGAAGGUGGACCCCUCAAAGCUGGAGGGCAGGAAAGUGUGGGUGCAGCUGGUCUGCGCCUUUCGCUAUGGCCAAGAGGACCUGGAUGUGAUCGGACUGCCCUUCAGGAAAGACAUCUGCAUUCAGCACGUACAGGUUUACCCACCCGAAAACGGCCAGCCGGCCAACACCCCCACACAGGAUGCCCUGAUGAAGAAGGUCGGGGAGCAGGGCCACCCCUUCACCUUCACAAUUCCCAACAACCUGCCGUGUUCCGUUACUCUUCAACCAGCACCUGACGACAAGGGCAAACCUUGCGGUGUGGACUACGAACUGAAAGGCUACAUCGCCAACAAAGCAGACACCCCAGCCGAGAACGUGGAAAAGAAGGACACGUGCCGUUUGAUCAUUCGAAAGAUCCAGCUUGCUCCCGACCGCGCAGGUGUGGGGCCCAAAGCCGCAGUCAGCAGGCAGUUUAUGACGUCAGACAAGUUGGUCCACCUGGAAGCUUCUCUGGGGAAGGAGGUGUAUUGCCACGGUGAUCCAAUCAAAGUCAAAGUAAAAAUCAACAAUGAAACCAGCUACGUUGUGAAGAAAAUUAAAAUAACAGUUGACCAGACUGCAGAUGUACUGCUAUACUCUGCUGAUAAAUACACCAAGUGUGUGCUGAAUGAGGAGUUUGGGGAUAGCGUCAACGGCAAUGCCACCUUUGAGAAAGAGUACCGAGUUACUCCAUCGCUGGCGAACAGCAAGGAGAAGCGCGGCCUGGCCCUGGAUGGGAGGCUGAAGGACAAGGACACGAACCUGGCAUCCACCGCAACGCUGAGGCCGGGCCUGAACAGAGAUGUUGCUGGAAUCCUGGUCUCCUACAAAGUCAAAGUCAACCUCAUGGUUUCUAGUGGAGGCUUCUUGGGAGACCUGACUGCCAGUGAUGUUUGUGUGGAACUCCCCUUGAUCCUGAUGUCUCCAAAACCUGCAGAUGUGUAAGAUACUUUCAAACAUGCCUAUUUUAUUAUUUUAACACAGAU